UACGCUCAAAUAGACAAGCCUAUACUUUUCAUGUCUCCCUAUUCUCGCUUAGCUAGACUAGUUAUUUUAUCAUUUUACUGAUUGACACUAAAAUAAAAUGCAUUUGCUACAUUAAUGCUCAUUUCCAAACCAUGCUCGCCUCCCAUAUCUAAACACUAUAUUACUUUUAUUCAUUUCAUUGCUGUGGAAAUUCAUUUAAUAAUACUUGCUUAUUUCCGCGCUUCUUAUUGCUCUCUGCCAACACUAUUGCUAAGGAGAGGUACUCAAGGGUGUGGAUGUGAGUGUGGGUGUGAGUGUGGGUUAAAAAAAACUACACCCACACCCACACCGGCUUCUUCAUUGUUAAGGGUCGCGACAGAUAUAUCUUCAAUAUAUAAGUAUGCCAAUCCUGAAGGUUCCAUUCAGUCGGACAUAGGUCUGUGUGUGUCAAAAGUUACCAAGAUACGUAUUGACUGCUACGCAGAUAGUUUCAACAUGUAGCUUAGCAUCUCCAAGUAAAUUAGCAAUUUCAAACAAAAAGUUCGAAAACGAAUCGACUCGAGGAAAAUUAUGCUAGUCUACAUUAGAGUUGAAUGGUAGUUUUAUAAAUUGUACUAGAUAAAUCUUCCAUUGACAGGGCAUAUAGAUGCUAACACAACAGCUUUUGAUUGUGCAUGAGAGCCUCAUGACUUCUUGAUGGUUUAACGGAUAUAACAGAUUUGGUUACAGAUGAAAUCAAAACAAAAGAUUUUUUAGAUAAUUUGGUUAAACUUAAAGAUGAACAAUUUAAUAUUACAUAUACUGAAUGGAUAAAGAAAAAAUAUGAUAAACCUAAUGUACCUGUGUCAACAAAAACGACAUUUACAUCAUCUAUUGUUGAUUUUAUAACAAAAUUUAUAAAUGAAAUCAAUGAUUUAAUACCACAUAUUGACCGUGUACAUCAACAAUUUCGAGCUUCGAAACAAGCAAGACAAGCGGCUAUGGAACAGGAAGAUACAAUUACAAUACAUUUGGAUUGGUCCAAAAACUUCAAAUUGAAACAAGCACGACAAGAAAAAGCAACAACAUUUCUUUUAGCGUCGUACUAUUACGAACAGCACAUAUCAAUCUUAAGUGGUCUUUUGUGGAAGAAAAAUGAUUGUUUUAGUUCUGGUUCAAUAUCUGAUGAUACUAAUCACAUGUCUGAAGCCACUUGGGCUGCAAUACAACAUUUAUAA